UGAAGUCACGAAAUUUGUUGAAUAUGCAAGUAUCUACUACUAACUGGUGAUCUUACUUGUUCUGAUUAUCCUUAUUCACACUCGUGAGAGAAUGGCGCAGCAACACGAAGAAAAAGACGUGACAUUCGCAACCUUACCUGCCAUUCUAUGCCUGCACGGGUACGGAACGAACGCUGCCAUCUUCCGGUGUCAACUCCGACAGAUUACACAGACACUCAGCCGCACUUUUAGAUUUGUCUUCGUCGAGGGCCCCUUCCAUGUGCAACAGCCCGGGCCAGGGGCUCUACCGGCUUUCGCUGAUGCCCGUCCAUUUCGCCGGUGGCACUCGCACAAAACGCUAGCCGGCGCCUUUGGGGUCUCGACACAGAAUGUGGAAGAAGAGAGACGUCAAGUCAGAGACCUCCUCAAGGAUACCCUCGAGCGCGAGCGCGAGCAUGGGCCAGGCGUCGUGGGGGUCGCAGCCUUCAGUCAGGGGGCUGGGGUGGCCGCGUCUUUGUGCUUGGACUCUGAACUGGGCACAGACAUCAAGUUUGCUGUCAUCAUUUGCGCCCUGUACCCCGCGGUCUCGUUAGCUGAGCAUGAAGAUGGGACUGCUGCAUCUAAAUCUACUAUGCGUCUUAUCGAGAUACCGUCGAUUCAUAUCCAGGGGAUGUCGGACUCGUGGAAAGGCCAGGGCACUAAAGUAUUAAGAGAGUACUUCAAUGGAGCCAAGGCGAAAAUUUUUAACCUCGUGGGUGUUGGCCACGAGGUACCGAGUCGAGUCAAGGAGGCAGCUAUUGUUGCCGAUGAGGUCAUGGCGGUUUGGAAGUCCAUUCUAGCGGGUGGCCAGGAAUAAAUGGGAUGUUUUUCAAAGUGAAGAAGAAGACAAUGCUGAUGAAGAUUGCGUGGCUUUUGUAUUAAAUGAAGUGCAUAUCCCUCUACAAGACGU